AAAUCACUCGUGGCGUUUACACGUAUGUUUUAUUUCAUUCAUCGACUCCCCGCAACCCGCACACUUCAUGGCGACCCUGCCAUGCGCGAGCGCCGCGGUGUAGGUUCCCACCUACGUACAACCGUUGCCGGGUGUCGCGUAUCGGGCGAAUACGGCGAACUCAGCGGAUUCCUGUGUGCCUCGGUGCACCCAGUUAGAGCCUUUACAAUACCAACGUUAUAAAAUGGAUAUAACGCAAGGAACAUUCUUGAAAAACAGUCACGUACGUCGAUUCAAAAAUGGGCAAUAGUUAUUCAAAAACGGAAGACAAGGAGGUGAUAAUAGCACAGAAUGGAGGAAGUAAUACUGCGGUCCAAUCUCAUAUCCAGAUAAAUAAUAUAUUAUUGGCAUCGGCCUUGACGAUUUUCGCUGUUAUAAUCGUCAUAUUGAUAUACAAAAAGCUGAAGGACAGACAAAAGAAAUGGAUCGAGAAACAUGUUGAAUCGCAGUUUAUAAGAAGAAUGCGUUUGCGGUUGUCGGGAAAGCGAGAUCGUGAAGAAGGAAAUGAACCCGUGUGAAGAAAAUAUGUGAAUUCCGUGUCAGUGAGCCCGAGUGAAAAUAAUAAUUUAAAUCGUCAUACUUCGUAUGCGUAUAUUAUCAAAUCGUAAUCAAAGUCAAGUUUUCAAAUAGUUAUCUCUUAGUGAGUAAAUAAAAUGAACCAACUGUGUGGCGUCAUCUAAUAUCGACAUAAUAGGAACUAUAAGUGUCCCGAUUAAAAAUAAUCAAUAGUUAUAUUACUGUGCCACUCUAUAAUUGUUACUAAUGUUAUAGUCUUAUAAUUAUUUCUUGGAUCUUGCAGCAGAUUUCAGCCUAAGUAUUACGGAAUGUCACUUGGCCUUUAAAUAUUGGAAUUAUUUUUCGUGUAAGGAUCAAACUACGAGGUACCUACAUUUUCUUUAUCGCGGAACUUUUCCGAGUUAAAAGAUGCGGUGCGUGCAGCGGAGGACGAGGAGCUGGGGCAGCCCUCGACUUCCGGUGUUAUUUUCAGCGCGAGAGGAUGAGAGGGGCGAACGCAAUAUUCCUUAUUUUAUUCUUCGGCCAUCUAUCUGCCCUACCCGACACCAUCCGAAUAGGUGGUCUAUUCCACCCGGAGGAUGAGAAGCAGGAAGUCGCGUUUAGAUACGCGGUGGAGCGAGUGAACGCCGAUAGGGCAGUGCUACCGAGAGCCAAGCUGCUGGCUCAAGUGGAAACCAUCUCGCCGCAAGACAGCUUUCAUGCUUCCAAAAGAGUAUGUCAUCUAUUACGAAGUGGGGUAGCAGCCAUCUUCGGGCCCCAGUCGGCCCCUGCAGCAGCUCACGUCCAGUCAAUAUGUGACACUAUGGAACUACCACAUCUGGAGACACGGUGGGACUAUCGGACGCGGAGAGAGUCCUGUCUUGUCAAUCUUUACCCACACCCAGCGGCGCUGAGUAGAGCGUACGUGGACUUAGUGCGAGCGUGGGGUUGGAGAUCGUUCACCAUAGUUUAUGAGAACAGUGACGGUUUAGUCCGUCUUCAAGAAUUGCUCAAAGCCCAUGGGCCCUCCGAACUGCCUGUUGCUGUAAGACAAUUGCCAGACUCACAUGAUUACAGGCCACUUCUGAAGCAAAUAAAGAAUUCGGCCGAGUCACAUAUUGUGUUAGACUGUACUACGGAGAGGAUACGAGAUGUGCUCCAACAAGCACAGCAAAUAGGAAUGAUGUCUGACUACCAUAGUUACUUAAUCACUUCUUUGGACCUCCACAGCGUAGAUUUAGAAGAAUUCAAAUAUGGCGGCACAAACAUUACAGCUUUAAGAUUGCUUGACCCUGAGCGUGCUGAUGUCCAAAGAGUCGUAAGGGAUUGGGUUUACGACGAAGCCCGAAAAGGACGUAAACUCCAACUGGGACACACGACGGCUAAGGAGAACAUGACCUUUAUUAAGACGGAAACGGCGCUUAUGUAUGAUGCGGUACAUUUAUUCGCUAAGGCCUUACAUGAUCUGGAUACGUCACAACAAAUUGACGUGAGGCCUCUUUCGUGCGAAGCCGAAGACACGUGGCCUCACGGGUACAGCCUCAUCAAUUACAUGAAAAUCGUCGAAAUGAAAGGUUUAACUGGAGUGAUAAAGUUUGACCAUCAAGGAUUCCGAAGCGAUUUCACUCUAGAUAUAAUUGAAUUAACGAGGGACGGCCUGCAAAAAGCUGGAACUUGGAAUUCUUCAGAAGGCGUCAAUUAUACGCGCUCCUACGGCGAGAACCAGAAGCAGAUAGUAGAAAUACUGCAGAACAAAACGCUCAUCGUUACAACCAUUUUGAGCUCACCGUAUUGUAUGAGGCGAGAGGCCAGCGAGAAGCUCACGGGCAAUGCACAAUUCGAGGGUUACGCCAUUGAUCUAAUUCACGAGAUAUCUAAAAUUCUGGGCUUCAAUUAUACAUUCAAGCUGGCGCCUGACGGUCGAUACGGGUCGUACAACCGUGAGACUAAAGAGUGGGACGGCAUGAUAAGGGAAUUGUUGGAGCAGCGAGCCGACCUAGCCAUCGCUGAUCUCACCAUUACAUACGACAGAGAGCAAGUGGUUGACUUCACAAUGCCGUUCAUGAAUCUCGGCAUUUCCGUGCUCUACCGCAAGCCCAUUAAGCAACCGCCGAACUUGUUCUCCUUCCUAUCGCCGCUUUCCCUCGACGUGUGGAUUUAUAUGGCCACCGCGUAUCUCGGCGUGUCAGUACUUCUCUUCAUAUUGGCGAGGUUCACUCCAUACGAAUGGCAUCAAACGCACACUCCUGACGGUGAGAAAAUGGAAAACAUUUUCUCUCUAGCGAACUGUUUAUGGUUUGCGAUCGGAUCUCUAAUGCAGCAAAGCUGUGAUUUUUUGCCCAAGUUCAGCCCGUACGAGUGGGACUCACCCAGGAACUGCCUAGACGAGCCGCCGGUGCUGGAGAAUCAGUUCACUCUCUUGAACUCGCUGUGGUUCACUAUCGGCUCCUUGAUGCAGCAAGGUUCGGAUAUCGCGCCGAAAGCGGUAUCGACCCGCAUGGUAGCGGGGAUGUGGUGGUUCUUCACCCUGAUCAUGAUAUCUUCGUACACGGCCAACUUAGCGGCCUUCCUCACUGUGGAGCGAAUGGACUCGCCCAUUGAGAGUGCUGAGGAUCUAGCCAAGCAAACCAAGAUUAAGUACGGUGCCCUAAAAGGAGGUUCCACUGCCGCGUUUUUCAGGGACUCAAACUUCUCUACGUAUCAACGAAUGUGGUCUUUCAUGGAGUCAGCCCGGCCAUCGGUCUUCGCUACAAGCAAUAAGGAGGGUGAAGAGAGAGUGGUUCGAGGAAAAGGAGCAUAUGCUUACCUGAUGGAGUCUACCACCAUCGAGUAUGUGGUGGAGAGGAACUGUGACCUCACGCAAGUAGGAGGGAUGCUUGAUUCUAAGGGCUAUGGAAUUGCUAUGCCUCCAAACUCACCGUACCGUACGGCCAUAAGCGGGGCCGUUCUCAAACUGCAAGAGGAAGGAAAAUUGCACAUUCUGAAAACAAAAUGGUGGAAAGAGAAACGUGGCGGAGGGUCUUGUAGGGACGAAACAUCGAAAUCAUCAUCGACGGCGAACGAGCUCGGGUUGGCGAACGUCGGCGGCGUGUUCGUCGUACUAAUGGGCGGAAUGGGGGUCGCGUGCGUCAUUGCCGUCUGCGAAUUCGUCUGGAAGUCGCGCAAAGUCGCCGUUGACGAACGCGCGUCGCUGUGUUCGGAGAUGGCGUCGGAGUUGCGUUCCGCGCUGAAGUGUCCGGGCGGAGGCGCGGGCGGUGGAGGAGGCGGGCCCGGGGGCGCUCGCGACGGCGCUGGGUCGCCCUACUUGCACUAUGGGUUCAGCACCAAGAGCCAGCUGCACUAGCGGCCGGAGCCCGCCGCCUCGCCACCCAGCGACGUGUAGGCAACCUGCGGCGGACGCUCCAAUAACCCCCUCGCUGCUACCGGCUGGCCACAACACCCAUAUAGCCUGCUGACAAUGUUCAAACUCGAAGGCUCGAUCGUCUCCGAGUAGCGUAGACGUUUACGAUAUAUUAUUGUAAAUAAAUUCAUAUCUAAUUUCGUAGGCUAAGUGCUGUUGUAUGACCUGAUGAUACGAAUUUCUGUUAAUGUUUGGAAAAGUUCUUUUGAUAACUAAACUAAUCGUGAUUUGUAGCAACUCUGUGCCAAAGAUGUAUUGUGCCAAAUUUUACGAUUACGAUAAGUCAAACAUGUGUCUACACUGUUGGCACGUCUGGAAUAGUUUUCUAAUCAAUGAUUUUGAAUUCUUGUAUACCUUCAUACCGAUUGGUGAUAUACGUUAAAUCAGUAGGUAUAUCGAUGUUUUAUAUCUAUGAAUCGAUUAGAAUAAAUUGACAUUUCAUUAAUUAGUGUAAGAGAAUGUUAAUAUUUCCAGUGAAAUAAUUCUGUAAAUAAAUCGAUACAGUGGUACUGCCAAAGUAGAUUUAAUAAUAAUUAGGUAAAUUUACAACGGAUUAAUAAGUUUAAUCAUUUGUUUUUCGCUAUAAUGAUGGAUCAAAGUAAAUUGACUUGUGACAAAUUGUAAUUAUAAAUAUUUUCCUUUUAAUGAAUUGUAUGUAAACUUAAUGUAAAUCGGAAUAAAGAUAAAACUUAACGAACCGAUGCUGACGUGAGAGCAUUACCGUUGUAUGCCGCACGAGUACCUACUCUAUGUAACUUGUAAUUGGUAUUGGAAAAGUUUCCACGGCUCAAAAUGUGCCAAAUAUCCUGUUCACUGUCUGUAAUAUAUUUUGUAAGUUUACAUUGCCGAGUUCGAAUAAAUAAAUUGUUUUAUUA